AUGUUCCGAGGUGCAUCCUUCCUCCUCUUCCUCAACUGGAUGUGCAUCGUUCUCUGGCUCAUCGCAUCCUUCCAGUCAACAGAAGCCUCCAUCAUUGUCGUCGCAACAAAUGACUCGUAUAUCGACAGAACAGCUGCAUUUGGCCCCAGGAUCCCAGAAGAUGGCAUCUUCUUAAACCUAAUCGCCAUCGAGACGCUAGAUCCAGACGAGGAGCGCACAGCCUGUCGCCCUGUCAAUGCGCCCAGCAACGACCUUCCCUGGGUCGCCCUGGUCGAACGUGGCGGUGACUGCAGCUUUGUCGACAAAGUGAGACAUAUGGAGGCUUCGGGAGCCAGCGCCGUCAUUGUCGGAGACAAUGUCAAGGGCGGUCUUCUUGUCAUGUACUCUGCUGAUGACACCUCAGACAUCCACAUCCCAGCUGUAUUCAUUACGCAGAAUCAUUAUCGAGAGCUGCGCUACUUCGGCAUGGAGCUCGGACGCGCAUUCCCAGUCAAGUUGACUCCGGAUGACAUGAAUUGUCAACAGCUUGCUGCCGAUCUGGCUCCUGCAGAGGUGGUCAGCAACCUCCCCAUCAAGGUCUUUUUCAACUCCAAGCUUAAGGAGAAUGAUCCCGUUGAAUGUGUCAUCUGUCUCGAAGAGUUUGAAGACGAGGCCGAGUUGCGUGUUCUUCCUUGCCGACAUGAGUACCACGUUGUCUGCAUCGACAGCUGGCUCACCAAGCGCAAGAAAUUUUGCCCAAUCUGCAAACGGGAUAUAUGCACUCCUUCGGAGUCGACCCCUCUGCUGGGCUCAUCUGGCACUGAUACCCGAGGAGACAGUUCCAACAACCGCUUCUCUACUCGCCCUUUGCCCCACCACCACUCUCCCUCCAAUGCAUCAUCUUCAGGAUCGGGAUCAACGGCGUCUAGUGCAGGAUCGAGUUCGCAACCCCGACCACAACGUCAACAACCCAACAGAUCCUCCUCUAUUAUAGUCCCUUCCUCUGCUCCCGCUGCUAUGACCCCUGCCGCUGCCUCUGUUGCUGCCCCUCCUGGCGGAUCUGGACCCAACCCCUUGCAAUCCACUACCACUGCUACUCAUAACCACGGGCAAUUGAACACUGAGGAGGAUGUUCUGCGCAGAGUAUAG